UAAGACUUGAAAUAACGGUCCCGAUUCUUUUGAGUUGCUACAUGAAACUACGGUUAGCACAUAACCACUUGUAUAGAGGAGGAGAUCUUCGCUUCGUUUACCUCCGCAACUUUGCUAAAAUCCUGCACAAUCUUGCCAUUGCUGUCAAUAACUUCCUUUUGGACAUCAAGUUUCAACUGCCUCCUCGUCUCUGGGGUGUUUUGAAUUCCCCUAUCGUCUAAGAUUUCAAGGGCGCCCCGGAUGUCCGAGUCCGCAUAAGAUGCGGAAAGGACACUAUUUAGUUUGUUGGAGAGUGCGGUGGAACGAGGAGCAGCAACUCCGGGUGGUGAGAGAGGGGAUUGCCCUGCACCAUUAGAUGAGGGGCUUGUUGACCCCAGAGGACUCGAAAAAUAAUUCGACAUAUCUUCGCAAUCGAUUGAAAAUUGCUGCUGCCAGUCCCGACUAUGGUCUGUUCAACCUUUAUUUAGCCUUCGCGAAAUCGUGCUUGAUUUCACGGAUUAAAUUUAUUCCUGCCCUCCAGCAACGAAAACAAACUUCCGUCCAAAAACUAGACCUCCGGACUACAGCGUGUGGCCCUAUUAAUAUUCUGUGAACUAAUAGAUUUAUUCUAAGCCCUGCUUCACGUCUCAUCGAUGAGGGCGAGAUGGACCCCAAUUCACCAAUGGACACGCCACUGAUCUCGCCGUCCAAAGCACGGCAAGCUGCCUCACGAGCAAAGGACUGGGCAUAUAUCAACAGCUGGCUCAACCGAAAAUAUUCACCAAACCCUGUACCUCAUUUUGAACGAAAUGAAGACACCCUGAAGACACUUCUUGCGCUCGCUGCUGCCAACGAUGCGGCGGACGAUGAAGGUGCCCUCCUUCAUGCCGCACGAGAAGAAACGAUUCGCAAUCUUUUAGCUCAGGAAGAAACCAACCCAGAUUCUCCAACAGAACUUCUCGAUACCAUAGAAUCGAACCUUGAUGAUAAGGGUGUUAAGUUCUUGGAUGAACUCGCUGAAACGGCUGUGUUGCUGGGAACCUUUACCACCACCAUCAGCGACCUGGGUCAUCGCAUUGUGGAUCUUACAAGGGAAGAAUUCGAUGCUGCUGAACAAGUACGCAAAAUUGAACUGUUACAAUCAUAUCUCGAUAAAGAGCUCGGAGCUCUACACUCACAGAUGAAAGAACUUAAAAAUGAGGAAAGAUACGAAACCCCCGCAGAUUUACCAGUCCAAACCGCUGACUGGGUGAGGGGGACAAAGCUACUUGGCACAAAGGUUGAUGAAUACCACAAUAGGAUUUCAACCUUUGAAAAAAUCGGAAGAGAUAAAGGGCUACGAAUUGAGGAGCUAAUGGUUGAGGAAGAGAAUGUGGUUAGACUGAGGGAAACAGUGAAGACACUAGAAGGCAAUGUGAAAAUGUUUCAUGGACUACCACAUAAUGUCCAAGAAGCGAAGAAGGAACUUGAACGAGUUGAGAAAGACUACCGAAGCCUUGUCCGCCAAAGAGAUACGAUGUUCGAAAAUUUGGUUCGCAAUGAUAGAUGAUAAUAUUACACACUCUUCCCGACAAUGAAAAUAAAAAGCGUGAGGGAGGAACGGGGCAAAAUCCUUUUAAUAAGGUUGAUUUGUUGUCAAUUUGCUAUGGAUUACUUUGCAUAUAAAUCAUCAUCGCGCAUAUACAGGUCGUGAAAAGCCAAACAUCUCAAAAAGCAACAUCCUUGCCUCCCUCUGGUAUAUCGACCGACGCCGAAUGUUUAUUUAUCCAUUCCCAGAGCACCCUUCACCUUAUCACCACUAUAAACCGACCGAGUCAGCGGAAGCCUAGAAACAGAACACAUUGGAUGGAUUUCGGUUCUUCUUACAUGGUCUGAGUGGCGCCUCCCUUUUGGUUAUCGGAGGAGCGUUGAGUCUUGUCGAAGGCCUCCUGGCCGGUGCUCUUCUGGUCAUCGGGUUGAAUUCCACUGCAAUAAUUGUUAGAAUGGGGUUAUUACUAACUAGGGGAGGAGACAGGGGAUGGGAAAACUGACCGAGCAAGGCGAUCUUUCGUGUCAGUGGCGGUCUCCUUGAUUUUAUCCUGAGUUGACUUGGAAGAGUCGGGGGUCAUCUCCUCCUUGGCCUCUGUCGUGCACAGAGCAAUGGUCAGCCGUCCGCUAUUAUUAGAUAAGGGGUCAUGGUAAUGGGAUGGAAUUUGACCACGAACUGGUUGAGAAAUCCUUGCGUCCGGGGUCCGACAUGUUUGCUGGUGGUAUGAAGGUCUUGGGUUUGACUUAAAUGGGAAUACUUUAAAUGUUUUGUGUUUGGUUCGAAGUUUAUGUGUUUGGUUGAGUAUACAAGAUAGAACAAACCCCACGAGAUAUUCCCCCUUUUAUAGCAUUUUCUUGAAGGUUUGAAUUACGUAGCUGGGGUUUAAACAUCCAACAAAUUUCCCACCGCGUGGAUGUGAAAUGCGUCCAUUCCCUGUUUCUCAACCUCAAGGUUUGGAUACCGAUGAUGGAAAGAUGACGGUAGUCGAGCCUAAUCGCGCUAGUCGGAGCGGGUGUCGACGGAAUAUUUAUUAUCCGACAGUAACUAGGGUAAGUUAACCAUUGGCAGAAUAAAGGCGGUGUGAGGUGGCAUCGGACC